CCAUUUCAAUGAACUUGGGUACCAUGUGGAUAAUAAAGUGAUUAUUGCCGCAUUUUAGUUUACAUGGAUGUUUUUUGUCUUGUUGAUUUAUCAUUUAUGAAUAUGGCCAUACAUUUUUUUGCCCCCUCUCAAUUAUUUUCCUGGGUCCGCCCCUGCCGGCAGGGGGAUAAACACCGCACCGGAGAUGGGAUGAUGCAGUUGGGAGUUGCAGACACACACGUACGUACACGCACAUAUCAGUGUCACAUCACGUUUUGUCCUGUUGGAAAGGCAGUGAACCUGUCGAGACCCUGAUUGGGAUAGCCGUGGAAAUUAAGUAGGUCCACGAUCGAGUGUGUAGGUGCAAGCUAGAGAAGGAAACUGGACGUGUCUAAUUAAUCAUGGCUUGCUUGGUCAGUUUGAAUGGCUCCAGACGAGACGGCUUCUUCCUCAGAGCUCCGGCACCAAUAUGUAGUUAGUACUGUUCCACCAGUAGGCGACGUCGAUCGAUCCACUCCUUGACUUGUCCCGAUUAUCAUCAUUCCUAGGAACAUUCCUCCCAAAAAACUAAUCUACAAAUAGGAGUAUCAUUUCCUAGGAACAUUAGUCAUGCAAGUGGUCAAAGCGCAUGCAGGCGCACGUACGCUGCUUACUGCUUUGCGUACAUGUUCGGGGUGAGUCUCCCAUGAUCUGGACCAGGCAGAACCGGUGAUCUCGAAAGUCCAAGAACAUAGUAGGGACUACUAGCUAAACAAUACAUUUCCACAUAAUUAACAUGAGCUAUGUACGUGUACCUAAGUGCAUGCUUGGUCUGCAAAAAUCGCGAAGCUAGCACGCACAAGAACGUGUCGCACUUGAACAAAUCCACCUCCUCACCCACCGUAUGAGUAUGCAACAUACGUUGCACCUCCACGGCGACCAAGUAAUUGGAAACUUAAGAUGCAUGAUGCCGUCGGUUUCACAAGCACCCUAAUAGCCCUUUCAAACCAAAAAAAAAAAGGUAAUGUGAAAUAGAUUCCGAUGCUGUCUUUUCAUCAGUCCAACUAAUAGUGUCGAUCAACUACUCCUUAUUAGACAAGCAAGACAAACGUCCACACCUAUAAUUACCCGUGUUAUUGUCGUCUUCAAUCCACACACACGAAACUGACCUUGUCCAGAGCCCUGUUGCUUCCCAGGUACUACAGGCCGCCUGCAAAUUAAGCUGCCUAUAAAGGCUUGGUCCUUCUUAAGUUCUUAGCCAGCUAGCUACGGUAGGUUCUUCUCCAUCACAACAAAGCUUCCUCCGCAAUCCUGCGCCCUACGUACGAGAGCUGGCAGCAUGGAGCGACAGGAUCUGGGUGCAUGGCUUGGCCUAGCAACAGGCGGUGGCGCCGUGUGGCACACCGACGACGCCGACCGGUGGCCUGGCCCUGUCCGGCUCGACGCGCUGUUCCCGCAGCGCGGCAAAGAAGAGCGUGAUCGUGCUGAACAAGUAGCGAGAAGUACGGGAGAGAAAGGUGCAAGGCGGAAGAUAAAGGUCGGCGGCGAUGACGAGGGCCGAUCGUCCUCGUGGAACGGUCCGUGUCUGAGCGAUGGCGGUGGCAGCAGCGAUGGUGCCGGCGGCGGGGGCAGGAAGAAGAAGCUACGGCUCACCAAGGAGCAGUGCGCCCUGCUGGAAGGCAGCUUCCGUGCCCACAACAUACUUUCUCAUGUUCAGAAGCAGGAGCUGGCACGGCAGCUGAAUCUUAGCUCCAGGCAGGUGGAAGUGUGGUUCCAAAAUAGAAGAGCCAGAACAAAGCUGAAGCAGACGGAGGUGGACUGCGAGUUCCUGAAGCGGUGGUGCGAGAGCCUGACCGACGAGAACCAGCGGCUGAAACACGAGCUCCUGGAGCUGCGGCGGUCGACGGCGGCGUCGGUGGCAGCCAGCACGAAGCUCUUUGCCCAGCUCCCCAGGGCGGCGACCAUGGUGAACUUAUGCCCGUCCUGCGAGAAGGUCGCCGUGAAUAAUUAGCUUGCCUCCUCACAUAUAGUUUUGGAUGGUUCAGUUGAUUCCCGUAGACUAAUUGAGUCCUCUGAUAACUUUUAGUCCUUGACGAUGCUGAAUAUAUGGGGAUACCAUGGCUUUAAAUGCAGCCUCAGUCAUCCUAUUUAUUUGUUUGUUUGUUUGUUCUUACGAAAUAAUUGUUCAUGGAUGGGAUACAAAACUAUAGAAGGAAAUGUAAUUUGUUGGAUUGAUCUUA